AUGGCCGGUCCCCUGUGGCGGGCCGCAGCGUUCGUGCAGAGACAUAGGACAGGCCUGUUGGUGGGCUCCUGUGCGGGCCUGUUUGGAGCCCAGAUCUUGUACCACCUCUUCCCAGAUCCUGUGGUUCGAUGGCUAUACCAGUACUGGCCUCAGGGCCAGCCAGCCCCACUCUCCCCAAAGCUUGAGAGACUUUUCCACGAGGUGCUACAGGACAUUGGCGUCCCAUCAGGCCAUGGGUACAAGGCCUUCACCGCUUUCACCUUCCAGCCAGUGAGUGCUGGCUUCCCAAGACUCCCUGCUGGGGCCGUGGUGGGCAUCCCCGCCAGCUUCCUGGGUGGCUCAGUGACCAGAACUGACCACCCUGUGAUUGUACACGGGCAAAGAGUGGACUGGAAAAGCCCAGAAGGUACCCAGCUGAAAGACUCCCUGACUCUGUCCCAUGAUGCCCAGAAGUUUGCCUUGGCCAGGGAGGUGGUGUACCUGGAGAGCGGUACAGCUGCCCUGCAGGCCCUGCCGGCCCCAGCUUGUCUGGCAGGAACUUGGAUGCUGAGCAUAAGUGCCAAGCACGCCCUGGGGCUCUAUGGAGGCCCCAUGAACUUAAGAGUUGCCUUCAACCUGGUGGCAGCAGUGGUAGGCUUUGUGGCUUACGCCUUCUCCACAGACUCUCUCACGCACGCCCUGGAAGCCUGGCUGGACCGCCGCACAGCUUCCAUGUCCGCAGCCUAUUCCCAGGGUGGAGUGGAGUUCUAUGAGAAGAUCCUGUCUGGCAACCUGGCCCUGCGCAGUCUCUUAGGUCCACCCGGAGAGAAGCUGUAUACGCCCAGUGGGAACAUCGUCCCCAGACAUUGGUUCCGCGUCAAACAUUUACCCUACACGGCCCGCCGGGAUUCCAUGCUGCAGAUGUGGAGGGCGGCUCGCAACCCAGGCCACUCCUGA